AUGUCGAGGUGCAUCCUCCAAAAGAUCAGUCGCAUCAAAAAGAACUUGGACACAAAAAGUUUCAAGACGUUGAUCCAUGCAUUGGUGAUGUCUAAGCUCGACUGCAACAACGGCUUGCUGCAGGGGCUUCCCAAGAAGUCUCUAGCACCUAUGCAGCGGGAACAAAACUCUGCCGCAAGAUUUAUCACUGGUACAAAAAGAUCUGAACAUAUCACACCAGUGCUUAAAGAUCUCCACUGGUUGCCUGUGAACCGUCGGAUUGACCUUAAGAUUAUCUGCCUGACACACAAGGCACUCAAUACCGGCGCUCCCGAGUACCUGGCAUCACUGCUAAAACCCCACUCGGGGAUUCGUGUGACAAGGAGGAGCACCAGAAACAUGUUACUUGUUCCCAGACCGAAGACAGGAUUUGGAACUCGUAGUUUUCAGGCUGCCGCAGCCAGACUCUGGAAUACCCUCCCCGACACCCUCAAGGACAAUAAGGACACAUUGUCUUUCAGAAAGGGACUAAAGACCUGGCUCUUUACCAUCAAAAGCGCUUGA